AGAAGUUUUCAAAGCCAAACAUCGUCAGACGGGCAAAAAAGUGGCACUGAAGAAAGUGUUGAUGGAAAAUGAGAAGGAGGGGUUCCCCAUCACAGCCUUGCGAGAGAUUAAAAUCCUCCAGCUGCUCAAACAUGAGAAUGUGGUGAACCUCAUUGAAAUCUGCAGGACCAAAGCCUCUCCAUACAACCGCUGCAAGGGCAGCAUCUACCUCGUGUUUGACUUCUGCGAGCAUGACCUGGCUGGCCUUCUCAGCAAUGCUCACGUCAAGUUCACACUCUCAGAGAUCAAGAAAGUUAUGCAGAUGCUAUUGAAUGGACUUUACUACAUCCACAGGAACAAGAUCUUGCAUCGAGACAUGAAAGCUGCGAACGUCCUGAUCACACGGGAUGGAGUCCUGAAGCUUGCGGACUUUGGGCUGGCUCGAGCUUUCAGCCUGGCUAAGAACAGCCAGCCGAACCGCUACACCAACCGGGUGGUGACUCUGUGGUAUCGGCCACCAGAGCUGCUCCUAGGGGAGCGGGACUACGGUCCCCCCAUUGACCUCUGGGGUGCAGGCUGCAUCAUGGCAGAGAUGUGGACCCGCAGCCCCAUCAUGCAGGGGAACACAGAGCAGCACCAGCUCACCCUCAUCAGCCAGCUCUGCGGAUCCAUCACACCAGAGGUUUGGCCAAACGUGGAUAAAUACGAGCUGUACGAGAAGCUGGAUCUGCCCAAGGGCCAGAAGCGCAAGGUGAAGGAUCGCCUGAAAGCCUACGUCAAAGACCCCUACGCGCUCGACCUCAUCGACAAGCUGCUGGUGCUUGAUCCUGCCCAGCGGAUCGACAGUGAUGAUGCACUGAACCAUGACUUCUUCUGGUCAGACCCCAUGCCCUCGGACCUUAAAAACAUGCUGUCCACCCACAACCAGUCCAUGUUCGAGUACCUGGCCCCACCACGCAGGAGGGGUGGGCACAUGCCCCAGCAGCCGGCUAACCAAGGCAGGAACCCGGCUGCCACCAACCAGACUGAAUUUGACAGGGUGUUUUGAGCGGGGGCUUCCUCAGCGGGGUCCCAGCUGGGCUACUCCGCAGGUUGUGUUGGGCAGGGAUGUCUUUGUAUCUGGGAAAGGACUUUCUUCAAGGUGAAGUGUCUGCUGGCUUUCAGCGAGCUCUGCCGUCUCCUGUCCUUACGCAGCAGCUC